GUUCAAUGUAAAUUUCUAUACAUUUUAGACAGCAGCAUGUGAACAGGACUCUUAUUUUGGUGUGGUGAAGUGACGUCAUAAGGAUGCGCCGCGCUCCUGCAUCUGUUGUGAUUCGGCUGAAGAAAGGACACGGUGUGAUACCGAAAUACUAGUGAAGCGACUGAGAUCCACAUGACACCCUAUUAUAAAGAUGGCGUUUAUUAAAGAGGAGAUUGAAGACAUGAAGAUUGUGUUUAUUAAAGAGGAGAGUGAAGAUGUGAAGAUUGAAGAAACAUUCAGAGUGAAACAAGAAGAAACUGAAGAACAAACAGCUCUAAUGGCAAUGAAAACGGAGGAAGAAGAACUCAAUGAAAUUGAAGAGAAAGAUCAAUAUGAGAAUUUUCACAAUUUCAUAACUGGAGAAAAACCUUUUAGAUGUUUGCAGACUGAAAAGACCUCCACACGAAAAAAAGCUCAAAAGAGUUUCAAUCAACAAGGAAACUUUAAAGACUACACAGGAGAGAAGCCUUUCACCUGCCAACAGUGUGGGAAAAGUUUUGCUCAACAUGGAAACCUUAAAGUUCACAUGCGAUUGCACACUGGAGAGAACUCUUACACAUGCCCUCAGUGUGGAAAGAGAUUUGCUCAACAUGGAAACUUUAAAGUCCACAUGAGGAUUCACACUGGGGAGACCCCUUUCACCUGCCAACACUGUGGAAAAGGUUUCACUCGUAAAGUAAGUCUUAACAGGCACAUAAGAAUUCACACUGGAGAAAAGCCUUACACAUGCCCUCAGUGUGGAAUAAGUUUCAAUCUAAAAGGAAAUUUUACCACGCAUAUGAGAAUUCAUGUUGGAGAAAAGCCUUACGCAUGUCAACAGUGUGGAGAGAGAUUUGCUCAACAUGUAAACCUUAAAGUCCACAUGAGAAUACACACUGGAGAAAAGCCUUACACAUGCCAUCAGUGUGGUGAGAGUUUUGCUCAACAUGUUAACCUUAAAGUCCAUAUGAGAAUGCACACAGGAGAGAGUCCCUUCACCUGCCAACACUGUGGAAAAAGUUUCAACAAAAAAGCACAACUUAAUUGCCACAUGAGAAUUCACACUGGAGAGAAGCCUUACACCUGCCAGCAGUGUGGAAAAUGUUUCACCCAUAAGGGAAGCCUUAACUGGCACAUGACUGUUCACACUGGAGAAAAGCCUUUUACAUGCCCUCAGUGUGGAAAGAGUUUUGCUCAACAUGGAAACCUUAAAGCCCAUAUGAUAACUCACAGUGGGGAGAGCCCUUUUACCUGCCAACAAUGUGGAAAACGUUUCAAUCAUAAAGGAAGCCUUAACAGGCACAUGAGAAUUCAUACUGGAGAAAAGCCUUAUACAUGCCAACAGUGUGGGAAAAGUUUCCAUCAACAUGGAAACCUUACAGUCCACAUGAGAAUUCAUACUAAAAAGAGUCCAUUCACCUGUCAACAGUGUGGACAAAGUUUCAACCGUAAAGGAAGCCUUAACAGGCACAUGAGAAUUCAUACUGGAGAAAAGACUUACACAUGCCAACAAAGUGUGGAAGACGUUUUACUCAAAAAGGAAGCUUUAACAGGCACAUGAGAAUUGACACCAGAUAAAAGCCUUACAUCUGCCAACAGUGUUUAGAGAGUUUUACUUAACCAUCCAUUUAAGGCCACAUGAGAAUUCACACUGAUUAUAAAUUCACACUAGCCAUUGUAAAGCUUUGGAGCAUCAGGGUGAUUAUUAACUGUGUUCGUCUGAAAGAAGAAAGUCAUACACCUAGGAGGGCUUGAGAGGAACAAGAUGGAGUCAAAGGAUCUUUGGUGGAUGGAAAGACAAGGCUAAAGCCUGGCACAAACUUAAGGGUCCUUAGAAGACUUUUAGUUCAGCAUCAUCUUCACAUCAGUAUUUCUCAAAAAGUGGAAAAAACGCAUGAUCUUGUGAUCAGUGAUCAGUUUGAAGAUGUCACGCCCAAUAAGAAUUUAUUCCUUUGGAGGGAAAAUUUACGAUCCUUUGUCUUCUAGCAGGUAUUUGCAUGCAAUUUGAUUGGGUGUUAAAGAGAAGAAUGUCUAGGUUACUAUUGUAACCCCCGUUCCCUGAAGGAGGGAGACGUAAUGGGAGCCCAAUCACUUCCAAGUCGUACAAAACGAGCCAAUGGGAAUUGGCCAGUGAGAUUUACAUGCCAGGUCACACCUACUCAGCACAUGUGGGUAUAAAUAGGACCGGCAUACUCACUUCAUUCAUAUUUUUGCUGAGGAGCAGAGACAUAAGUGACUUGACUUGACAUAAGAGUUCACACUGGAGAGAAUUACUUCACCAGCCCUCAAGACCCUGAUAUACUCAGUUCUUUUUCAUUCUUCUCUUAGGGGUAAAAAGAAGUUGGAAAAACCUGAGCAGGCCACCCAUGCUGCUGGGAGUUGCAAUUAUGUGAUUAUGUAAAUAUGUGCUGCAUGUUUUCCUCUCAACAACAAAAUGAACGCAAAACAGAAAUGACAGCGGUAAGAAAUCAGAAGGUAGCCUCUUAACCCACACUGUACUGUUGACAGGCAAUCGUUUCCUUUAUACCAAUUAUUCUAUUAGUCUUCAUAAAUUAUAUACAUUUGAAAGAUGAAAACCUUAAAAUUUGAUCUCUGAAGUUGGUUAUUCAAUUAAUACCUUGUUAUGUAAGUAAUACUUUAAAAAGUAGAAAGAGGCAGGUUUUUGGACAAGAGAAAUUCCCCUAGUUUCAUAGAGGAGACUUAAGCCCCUUCCCAGACUAAACUGCAUGUUUGAGCUGUUUUAGCUGAAAUCAACUUGCACUGACAUUUCUUAAAAUAUGCCAGUGUAAGAGAAAUUCCCCAGAUUAAGGGUAUGUUUACAUGACAGCCAUGUACUAAAAACAGAGGACAAUGUUGUCAAAGCAAUCAACAUUCACACAGAUCUGCAAAUACAACUAAAAACACUGUAUUAGGCAUGCCAGGCCAGUAGAUGAAGAUGUACGCAAGCACAUGAUGCCACCAUUUUUACAAAUUCACGUUUUUGUUGUUUACGUGGAAAUGGUAAAGGUAUCGUUUCCAAAACCUUGCACUUCAAAAGCUUGCAUUUUCAGGCCUCCAAAAAGCUGUUCUUGUGUAAAUGAAUGACCAAAAUGCAUAAAAAGUUUUUAGAUUGAAAUGGUGUUAUAUAAACAUACCCUAAACCCUGCUCCAACACACCUGUCUGUUAUUGUCAAGUGCUCCUAAAGAUCUUAAUGAGCUGGUUCAGUUAUGUUUGAUCAGGGUUGGAGCUGAAGUUAGGAAGGAAUAUAGAUCUCCAGGGACAAGAUUUGGGAUCCCUGUUUUAGCGUCUCUGCAAUCAGAUUAUUUUAAACGACUAAACUUCUUUAUGAUUUGUAUUUUGUGUUUUUUACUAUUUUGCGUUUUUUUACUAAUUCUAAAAGGAUCCAGUCAGCUCAAGGUGGCUAGUAUAGUGGUCUUUUCACAUCUCCAUGUGGUUCUGUUUGGUAUCGCAUUUUUUCAUCAAAGUUUUUGCACUGUAUACAUACUUUUUUGAACAUUCUUUUUAAUGUUUUUCUCCACUAACAAUGCAUUUUGCAAUGCAACAAUGCAUUUGUUUUUUGCUUUUGGACUUUAAAAACUGACAUGUUCUCCACAAAUGAUUAAUUCAUUUCUUAAGAGGAAUUGUUAAACACUGAUUAGACAAUUGACACUCAAACUCUAAAAGUUUUUUGUCUUACAUUCUCUUGAAUUAAAACUGUUGGUCUCUGUCAAUUAGUAAAUAAGUACUUUAAUAAUAAAAAAAAAUGAGAGCUGCCAUCUUAUAUUCUUAUUAAAUAUAGUCUGUUUUUCUAUCCAAAUGUGCAAAAAAUUAUAUUCACCAUAAGUUUGGUCUCAUCUGUGAUUCUAUUUUGGAUGCAAUGUGUUUUUUGUGUCGUGUUUGUCUUUCUCACAGGACUUUGAACAGAAUUACUGCAAACAUUAAAAAGUUGCAGCUGUUUUAGGAUACUAAUAAAUUCUUCUACUGAAGAGGAUAUUCCAGGAAGCAAGAUUAACUUAAGCCGGGUGCACACUUUGUACGUAAUGCAUUAUAUGAGUUAUAACAAUAUGAGUUAUAACAGUCUUUUAUGAUUGUUGCUUGUUAGACUGGAUAAACAUGAUCCCAGCUCUAAGCCAUGCCAUAAUGCCAUAUAAGCCAUAAUGAAGGUCAAUCAAGACCAAGCGGCAACCUCCCCCAGUUUCUCGUGAAGCCAAUACGGAAGUAACUUAAACUGCGAUUCAUCGACUGGCCGCUAGGGACAGGCUGCAGAAGUGAGCAGAAUCUCAUUGACCAUCAUGU